CCGAGGUCAAACAUUUUAUUGACACCUGACAUUGUUCUAGUAUUACCCCGACCAAUUACCCACUGAAUUUGCCUUACUUUUUAAUUAUAUCCGUUCGGUAUAAAUAUGGUGGAGUGCGGGUCGAAAUUAUCAGUCGGCCGUGCACGGUUUGAAGUGAUCUAGUUCGUCAGACAAACACAGACCACGUUCACAAUGAAAUCGCUGGUGGUGUUCUUCGCUCUCGCCGCCGUGGCUUGCGGCUCCAUCAUCCCCCUGGCGCAGCCCGCGCACCACCCCGCCAUCGUGCUAGACCCUCACGGCCGCCCCCUGGACACCGCUGAGGUCAUCAACGCCCGUGCCAUCCACCUCCAAGCCAAGGCCCUGGAACCCGCCCACCUCGGACACGCAGCUGUCGCCGUCGCUCCCAUCGCGCACUCCGCCGUGGUAGCCGCCCCCGCCGUGUACGCCGCCCCCGCUGUGUACGCUGCCCCCGCCGCCGCCGUGUCGCACCAGUCCCGCGUGGACGUGCGCACCAGCCCCGCCGUCGUAUCUCACGCCGCUGCCGUCGUACCCUCAGUCUCCGUCUGGGGAGCUCACGCCGCCGCUCCCUUGUUGGGCCACUCCGGCCUCGGACUCGCUGGUGCCGGACACUACCUGCACAAGCGUUCCCUGGGCUACGCUUGGUCUGCACCCCUCAUCGCCCCCUCCGCGGUCUCUCAUCAAUCCCGCGUUGAUGUAGUGUCCAGCCCCGCUGUGGUGUCGCACGCCGUGGCCGCGCCCGUGCUCGCGCACGCCGCUCCGCUGGUCGCGCACGUCGCACCUGCCGCGGUGUCGCAUCAGUCCCGCGUCGACGUGCGCAGCAGCCCCGCCAUCUCCGUCGUCGCCGCCGCCCCCGUGGCGCACAGCUACCUCGCCGCCGCUCCCCUCGUCCAUGCUGCUCCCUUAGGGCAUGGCUAUGGUCUCCAUGGUUGGUAAAGAGCUGAUCUGACGAAUUCCUAUAAAAUGCAAUAUUUAAAAUAAUAAAAAAAAUAUUUAAUUUAAAAUAAAUAAAGUAAAUUAAUAAAUAA